GCGCCUGCGCACUGACAACUGGCCGGGCGCUCAAAGAGGGAGCUGCCGCAGGCUCCGCGGCGGCGGCUGCAACGGAGGCUGCGGGGGCGGCGGCGCGAGCGGCCGGGCUUCGGGGGGGAGCCGAGCCCGGCCCGGGAGCCCGAGCAGCUAGAGUGCGGGGUACCUAGGCCCCUCACGCUGGACUCCAAAGUCUCCAGGCCGCCUGACCUCCGCACGGGUAUAUGGGAUGGAAGCGGGAUCCUCGGGAGCAGCUGCAGGCGCCUACCUGCCCCCCCUGCAGCAGGUGUUCCAGGCGCCUCGCCGGCCUGGCAUUGGCACUGUGGGGAAACCAAUCAAGCUCCUGGCCAAUUACUUUGAAGUGGACAUCCCUAAGAUCGACGUCUACCACUACGAGGUGGACAUCAAGCCGGAUAAGUGUCCCCGCAGAGUCAACCGGGAAGUGGUGGAAUACAUGGUCCAGCAUUUCAAGCCUCAGAUCUUUGGUGAUCGCAAGCCCGUGUAUGAUGGAAAGAAGAACAUUUACACUGUCACAGCACUGCCCAUUGGCAACGAACGGGUGGACUUUGAGGUGACAAUCCCUGGUGAAGGGAAAGAUCGAAUUUUUAAGGUCUCCAUCAAGUGGCUGGCCAUUGUAAGCUGGCGUAUGCUGCAUGAGGCCCUGGUCAGCGGUCAGAUCCCUGUUCCCCUGGAGUCCGUGCAAGCAUUGGAUGUGGCCAUGAGGCACCUAGCAUCCAUGAGGUACACCCCUGUGGGCCGCUCCUUCUUCUCACCGCCUGAGGGCUACUACCACCCGCUGGGGGGUGGGCGCGAGGUCUGGUUCGGCUUUCACCAGUCUGUGCGCCCUGCUAUGUGGAAGAUGAUGCUCAACAUUGAUGUCUCAGCUACUGCCUUCUACAAGGCGCAGCCGGUGAUUGAGUUCAUGUGUGAGGUGUUGGACAUCAGGAACAUAGAUGAGCAGCCCAAGCCCCUCACGGACUCUCAGCGUGUUCGCUUCACCAAGGAGAUCAAGGGCCUAAAGGUGGAAGUGACCCACUGUGGACAGAUGAAGAGGAAAUACCGUGUGUGUAAUGUUACCCGCCGCCCUGCUAGCCAUCAGACGUUUCCCUUGCAGCUGGAGAGUGGACAGACUGUGGAGUGCACAGUGGCACAGUAUUUCAAGCAGAAAUAUAACCUUCAGCUCAAGUAUCCCCAUCUGCCCUGCCUGCAAGUUGGCCAGGAACAAAAGCAUACCUACCUGCCCCUAGAGGUCUGUAACAUUGUGGCUGGGCAGCGCUGCAUCAAGAAGCUGACUGAUAACCAGACUUCAACUAUGAUAAAGGCUACAGCCAGGUCGGCGCCAGACAGACAGGAAGAGAUCAGCCGCCUGAUGAAGAAUGCCAGCUACAACUUAGAUCCUUACAUCCAGGAAUUUGGGAUCAAAGUGAAGGAUGACAUGACGGAGGUGACAGGGCGAGUGCUGCCGGCGCCCAUCUUGCAGUACGGCGGCCGGAACCGGGCCAUUGCCACACCCAAUCAGGGUGUCUGGGACAUGCGGGGGAAACAGUUCUACAAUGGGAUUGAGAUAAAAGUCUGGGCCAUCGCCUGCUUCGCACCCCAAAAACAGUGUCGAGAAGAGGUGCUCAAGAACUUCACAGACCAGCUGCGGAAGAUUUCCAAGGAUGCAGGGAUGCCCAUCCAGGGCCAGCCUUGCUUCUGCAAAUAUGCACAGGGGGCAGACAGCGUGGAGCCCAUGUUCCGGCAUCUCAAGAAUACCUACUCAGGGCUGCAGCUCAUUAUCGUCAUCCUGCCAGGGAAGACACCAGUGUAUGCUGAGGUGAAACGUGUUGGAGAUACACUCUUAGGAAUGGCUACACAGUGUGUGCAAGUGAAGAAUGUGGUUAAGACCUCACCUCAGACUCUGUCCAACCUCUGCCUCAAGAUCAAUGUCAAACUUGGUGGCAUUAACAACAUCCUAGUUCCACACCAGCGCUCUGCCGUCUUUCAGCAGCCAGUGAUAUUCCUGGGAGCAGAUGUUACACAUCCCCCUGCAGGAGAUGGGAAGAAACCCUCUAUCACAGCAGUGGUAGGCAGCAUGGAUGCCCACCCCAGCCGUUACUGUGCUACCGUGCGGGUGCAGCGACCGCGACAGGAGAUCAUUGAAGACUUGUCCUACAUGGUGCGUGAGCUGCUCAUCCAGUUCUACAAGUCCACUCGCUUCAAGCCUACCCGCAUCAUCUUCUAUCGAGAUGGGGUCCCUGAAGGCCAGCUCCCCCAGAUUCUCCACUAUGAGCUGCUGGCCAUCCGUGAUGCCUGCAUCAAACUGGAAAAGGACUACCAGCCUGGGAUCACUUAUAUUGUGGUGCAGAAACGCCAUCACACACGCCUUUUUUGUGCUGACAAGAAUGAGCGAAUUGGGAAGAGUGGUAACAUCCCUGCUGGGACCACUGUGGACACCAACAUCACCCACCCAUUUGAAUUUGACUUCUACCUUUGCAGCCAUGCAGGCAUCCAGGGUACCAGCCGACCAUCCCAUUACUAUGUCCUUUGGGAUGACAACCGUUUCACAGCGGAUGAGCUCCAGAUCUUGACGUACCAGCUGUGCCACACUUAUGUACGGUGCACACGCUCUGUUUCUAUCCCAGCACCUGCGUACUAUGCCCGCCUGGUGGCUUUCCGGGCACGAUACCACCUGGUAGACAAGGAGCACGACAGUGGAGAGGGGAGCCACAUAUCUGGGCAGAGCAAUGGACGGGACCCCCAGGCCCUGGCCAAAGCCGUUCAGGUUCACCAGGAUACUCUGCGCACCAUGUACUUUGCUUGAAGGCAGAAUGCUGUUACCUCACUGGAUAGAAGAAAGCUUUUCAAGCCCUAGGAGCUGUGCCACCCGAAUCCAGAGGGAGCAGGGAGGAGGGAGGUGGGGUAGGAAGGAAUGUAGAAGGCCUUGUUUCCUUCUAUAGAGUGUGUGGAAGGGUGGGGAACAGGGCCGGCAAGCCAGACCACCAGCCAGAAAUCUGAUAUCCACCUCAUGUCCCCCACCGUUCACCCCAUCUUGUCACAUCUGGCCCUGACUCCACUGGACCAAGAGGGGCAGCACCAGUAACCACCAUACACACAGGUGUCUCAUGUGACUCACAGUGCUAAAGACUCAUGCCUGACAGCUUGGUAAGGUCGGCUCUUCAGCCCUGCGGACAAAAGCUGGUAGGUUUGGGUUUGAUACUUUAGAUGGGAAAGUGAGGGGCUUGGGAAAGUGGGUGGGAGGAGGGAAGGAAUUUUUUAGGAGCCUUAAUCAGAAACGGUCUAGAUUUGUUUAAGAAAAAAAAAAAAAAAAAAAAGAAAGCAAGCAGACCCAGAUCAAUAUUUUAGGAUACUAGAUGUUUUAAUGGGUUCAGAAUCCAGUUUGGAGGAAGAUUUUUAUUGCUAAUGGUUUUGGUUGCUCCUCCCCUAGCUGCCAUCCCCUUGCCCUUAUUCCUAUCUUUCCACCCUUACUAUCCCACCUUACACCUCCUCCCUGACAGACAUCCAGCCGCUAAUAAGACUUAAGGCACUAUGGCACUUAGCUCUGAAGUGACAUGACCCUGUCUUCCUUCCGCCUGCUGGUGGGUAACCAGUGCCUUCCCUGUAACGGUAAUGCUGCAGAACUGCAACGUUUUGUACCUUUCUUUUGGGGGAUAGGGUAGGGGUGGGAGAGGAGGUAGGUGGGGAAGAAAUAUCCCUAACUUGAGCCUCCUGCCAGAAUGCCAGCUAUUUUGCAUUUGAAGGAAUUGACUUCCACAUUCAUUAAGCUUUUAAAAAGAUCACAACCUCAAGAUGGUUAAAAUCCAUUGAUAUUUGCACUUUCAGACAUGACAGGUUUCAGAGCUGCUGAGAUGACUGGCCCCCGGCCUUUCCAUUUAUGUCUCUUUCUUUCCCUAUCCCCCCUACUUCCCACCCUGGCCGGGUCUGGAGUUACUUUCAUAGCAUAUCUCUCUCUUGGCUUCUUUUUUUUCUGAUGGUCACGUCUCUUAUGUUUCAAUAUUUCUUAACUAGGGUAUUUUACAAGAAAGAUCCUUAGGCUUAAGAUAAGAAAAAAGAAAACUAAAUGUUAUUUUUAUAUCAUAACUCGAGUCUAUUGCCAAAAUCUGGAAAUCCCUCCCAUGCCCACUGAGUUUACAUCCCAGAAACACUGAGCCAUCAGAAGGAACUGUGUACCUGACUUGUUCUCUGGCCUGGCUAGGUAGGGGGUGGUUUUCUCCCCAAGGUGGGGCUCAGGCUCCAUCCUUCCUCUGUACAGAUGAUACCUUUUUCUUGCUACAGGCUCCCGCCUCGGCACUGUUCUACAGUCUUCCAUGCAAGUGCAUCCCUUCCUUUCGACUGUCCUCUGACACUUUGGCUCAUCUCUGAUUCCAGUGUGUCCUAUGGAUGCACUGGGAGAUUUUGCUGCUCCUAUAGCUUCUGUUUACACAAAUGAAUUUUUCCUGGUUUCCCACUAGGGCAUGUGAGUGGGUGGCAUGAUGUGUUGUAUUUUUUUAAUAGUCUCCCUGGGCAGAGAUGGGGCUUGGCUCUUUUACAAGACUGUAAUGUAAUGGUAGGGGGUUUUAGCUUGGUGCCUGCUGGCCUAGAGGCAAGUCCCCCUCUUUCCUUGACUGUUCAUUUUUACUACCCCACUGCCCGGGAUAGGGAGUGGCAGCUACAAUGUGGAUAUUUCUCUUUUUGAGGAGCCUGGGCUUGGGUUUGCCCCAAUCUGGUGAUGAAGCCAUGACACUUUAGACCUAGCCCAGGCUUGGAGGCCAGCUGGAGGAAGACUGGUCUGAAUCCUGGCCUGUGCUGUUAGAGCUACCCUUUCCCGUCCCCAGCAGCCCUUGUACAGACCCAGAUUUGCUAUGCAAAAUAGUCUAUCCCAGAUUCUGUUCUGGAUGGCUACAUUGUUCAGCGACUUCACAAAACGUAGCACAAACAUUCAUUAUGAAGAAGGCAUCAGGACUGUUGAGCAACUCCUCCUUUACUUCUUUCCUGCUGGCUACAACAUGGGCUGCCCCAUAGGCACAAGCCCAGCUGAAGAACAGAAUGGAAGGCUCUGGGAGGAGGCAGCUCACUGGAGAGCCUACAUUCCUUACACAAGUGCCUAAAGAGAGUGAUGCCAACACUCCAUCUGCCCUGUCCUUUGCCUUCAUAUCCUGUCUACAUCAUGUUCAGUCACCCUUGGAGGGAGGGGAGCUCUCCUAGGAGAAUUGGCUCUGCAUGUUCUCUUGGGUGCAUUUUGAGGCUGGGAUCAGGGCACUGUCCUGGAGGGUCCAGUCAUUUACCAGCAUUUGCAAAUGUCCAUAGGGAGCAGGUGGCAGCCACCUAUUCCCAGCAACAAGUUUGUGUUCUCUCCUUUUCUCUCUCUGCCUCGCUCUCUCCAGUCAGGUUUUGAACUGGGGCUUGAAAUGCUUUUUUAGCCCUUUUGGCGUUGCACAUGCCAUUCAAGAAAUAAUAGCAAGAGGAGCAGCUUGGGCAAUGGCGAGAAAAUGACUUCUUGGUUGCAUUUUUUUAAUAUUUGAGACUUGAAAAAUACCCUUGACCUUGAGGAUUAUUCUUGUUUGAAAGGUGUCGCACACAGGUUGAGAAGUGGUGUUGGCAGCAAGCUUUGACUUGCUUAAAUUUGGUUUAAGCAGUGCUUCUUACCCAAGCUCUGAGGAGACUCUGGGGUGGGGGGACCUCAGCCUCAUCCUUUUAGACAGGUUUUUUUGCUUCCUUCAUUCCACUAUUUUGCCUUCCUUUUCCUCUCCUCUCUUCUCUUGACUUCCUUUUCCUGAUUCAUUCAGCUAUCUUGCCGGCCUGCCUGCCUGCCUAUGUGACGAUGAAUUUUCUGCAUGGCCGCAAUGAUCCCACCGUUUACUAGCAAGAUCAUCUUAGCUCCUUGGCUACAGAAGACCAAGAACUUAUUCCCCAAGCCUAGUGUCCUACCUGGGCUGGGCAGCCCUCAGGCUUAUACUAGAGCAACAGUCCUGCCCAACUGGCAUGAAAUCAAGAGGGCUUCUGGCAGCUUUCACACCUGUCCACUCCUUGGGGCUGGUUUAUCCUCAUUACUUUUUCUAGAUCUGACUCCUUUUCUCUGUACCUGGGGCCUCCCUUUUCUGAGGAUGUCCUAGGGUUGAGCUACUCGGGUAUCCAGGAUUGGAGAGGUUGGAUUGGCUGUGGGGGAAGAAGAGAGUGAUGAGAAGAGAAGGGAGAGAAUUUGGAUAAAAUGUGGAAAAGGAGAGCUCUACUCUUUUAUCCUUCUUACAGGCCGGCGGGUCACAUUAGGGAUUGAGGUGCUAUCGCUGGCCUCUGGGGAUAAGCCCGGGGCUGUUGUUGCUGGGAACUUAAGGCUUAGGAUAAAUUCUUCAAUUUAGGCUGAAGAGUAAGAUACUUGGAAGUAUGAAAUCUCCCUUAAAAAGUUCCUGGUUCCCACCUACUACAUAGCUCCUCUGUUGGCCUCUGCUUUGGCUAAGGAACAAUGUUCUUGGAUAGUUUUCUUUUUCUGUCCAGAAUUCUGUGAAUGAAGCCAGCACCCAAGAUGGGCAGCCAGGGAGUUUCUCUGACUCUUUUUUUGGCCCAUGUGAUAUCUGCAAGGCUAGUGGAACAAUGGUCUAGACCUGGUACCAUGUGGAACGAAGAAGGAUGGAAGUUCCUUCCCCAUUAGGGUAGAAAAGUUAACUCAGUUUAGUCAAAAGGCAGUUUUGGGAACUGCAUCAGAGGGAGGUUAUUUUUAUUUAUUUACUGGGCUUAGGCCACCAAUUCAGGAUGGUAGCUGGGAUGCCUUCCUUAAAGUUUGAUCAUGGCAGGGAUAUGCAGGGCAGUAGUUCAUAUUUGGCCUUCUAAGCAGAUUAGGGAAAAGAGCUUCUGUGGUUUUCUCUUUCCCCCCACUUAUUAGGACUUGCCUUCUCCCUGGGCAGGGAGAGAGGGUGGGUUGGUGCUUUCCCCUUACUCUAUUCCUACUGACUUAGAACCUCUGGCUGCUGCUUGGGAGCCCAAGAAAGGGAGUGGAGGGAAUGGGCUUAAAAAAAAAAAAAACACAACAGAAUGAGGGUGGGAAGGAUGAUUUCCUUCUUUUAAAAAGGAAAUAGGAAACCCUUCAAGGAUUGUGCAAGUAAAGACAAUGUGUCAAACGCACUGAGUCCCCUGGUGUAGUAGCAAUAAGGAAAAAUGAAAAGACUUUCCUGUGCACACAGCCAACCUGAUUGGUGUGUGUGAAGUUGCACUUAGCAGUCAUGUGGUGGGCAUGUGUGACUACUCUGGGUUUCACUUUAGUUUCUAAACUUUUUAUCCCUCUCAAGUCCAGCAUGGAUGGGGAGAUGUCCCUGGAGCCCCAAAGCUGUGUACUUGUUUGCAUUUGUUUCCCUUUGAGACGUGUUUGUGUCCUGCUUUGAGCUGUACCUUGUCCAGUCCGUUGUGAAAUUACCCCAGCAGCUGUAAUGUACAGUUCCUUCUGAAGCAAGCAACAGCAGCAGCACAAUUCUGUGUUUUAUAAAGACAACGGUGGCUUCUAUUUCUAAA